UAAUAUUCCCUCCAUUUUUUGAAUAUUUCAUUGAACAACGUUGGCAGCAAUUCCGGACCUUCCUACGUCGAGAACUGCCAUUUCUCAUUUCUUUUCUAAAAGAAUAUGGCCACAGGAAAAAAGGGCAAGAAAACGAAGGGUAAAACCUUUGCUCUGACGACUUUUCUGCAAGAGACGUCAGGACCUUUACCUACAGUUCCCAUCCGCCCAUGGGCCGAUGAAGUGGAAGAUUCCUAUGGCAAUGGGCAUGAGCCUAGAAGCAAGUCACUCAAUGUUAUAUUGCCAACAGCUCCAAAAGCCUCUAGAGACUAUGAGGAUUUUAGUGAAAAAGUACCCAAAGACCCUCCAUACAUGGCUUAUUUAUCUAACUUACCAUAUGACUUAGAUGAAGAUGAAAUAUCUCUGUUUUUUAAGGAUUUAAAGAUAUCAAAAAUGAACAUACCCAAGGAUGAACGACCUGGAGAAAUGUCCAAACUCAAAGGAUUUGGAUACGUGGAGUUUGAUGAUCGAGACAGUUUAAUCAACGCUCUCCGCCUUUCCGAUACGACAAUCAAAAACAGACGGAUUCGCAUUGAAGUGGCAGCCAAUUCCGAAAAUGACAAACGGCGAGGUCGCAUGGACAUGGGUCGCGACAGGGAGAACAGAUCCGAGAGCGUGGGCGACUGGCGAGCGGCGCCGAGGGAAAACACUGGCGGAGAUGACCGUCGUGGGGGCUACAACAGAGACAACCGCGAUGGCGGUUUCACACGCGAUAGGGACAACCGCGACAAAGACAGAGAUGAUGAUAAACCCGGCGGAUGGCGCGAGAGCCGUCCGGACGCGGAACCCAGCACCUUUUCCCGCAAUCGGGAUGACCGAGGCGGUUACUACGACUCCGACCGGGGCGGCCGCUACGGCGAUCGCGACGGCGGUGACAGACGUGGCGGCUUCGACCGUGACGGUAGUGACAGGGACCGCAGAGGUGGCUUCAACCGCGGCGGUUUCGACAGAGAUCGUCGGGGAGGCGGUUACGGUUCCAGGCGGUACGAUGAUGACGGUGGCAGCGGCGGAUUCUCCAGAAGUCGGGGCGGUGAUCGCGACGACGAUUCUAACCGAUCUUCUGAACCGCGUCAAAGACAGAAACUCAUGUUGGCGCCACGCACCAAGCCACUAGAUCAGCCAGCUGCCCCUGCUAAAGGUAAUGGUGCACCGGCUGCAUCGACAGUGCCUUCUUCCGCGUCGAUAUUUGGCAACGCCAAACCGGUUGAUACAGCUGUCAGAGAGAGAGAGAUUGAAGAACGACUGGCCAAGGAGCAGGAAAAGCCGCGGGACGGCAGCCGCGACCGCAGGCAUCCCGAUGAUAGUUAUGACAAACGACCGAUUGAAAGAAGUAGGAGAGACGUAGAUAGUCAUAAUAACGAACGACCGAACAGUCUAAAUAGAGACGAAGAUCGUGACCGAGUGCGUCCUCCCAGCAGGGGAGUCGAAAGUUCAAAAUCAGCAGAUGAAAAACGAAAUGACAAACCGAAACGGGAAGAACGAAGAGAGCGAGUAGAUAAGGAAAUGCCAAAAUUAAAAGAAGUUGAAACUCCUAAUUUUGCACAGAACAAUAAAUUUGCAUUUUUGCAAGAUGAAGAUAAUUCCGAUUAGCAAUAUGUGAUGUUUAAUUUGAGUAGUGUAUUAUGCAAAAACUUAAAUAUAUUUAAUAUUUUAAACAUUAAGUGGAACAAUAAAUUUUACAUAUUUAUUAUUUUAAUUAUAGAAUAUAUUUUUGUUGAUUACAAAAAAACUGUUUGUAUGUGUAUACAUUGUGUUACUUUGUAAAAUGUAAUUUGUGUGGUCUCCAAUAAAUUACAUAUUGAUUUCUUA